GGGGAGGAGGAGAUCGGAAAGUCCGAGUGUCCUCCGGAGGGUUCGAGAGCCCAGCCCCAGAGAUUCAGCACCGCCCAGUUCCCGGAGAGCAGAGCGCGGGGCGUGCUGUCAGCCUCUGGGGCUGGAACUCCGAAGUUGGAACUGGAGCCAGGCGCUCCUGGGGCAGGUGAGGCGAGGGCGGCUCCAGGGCCCGGAAGUUCCUGCUGAGGAAACCCGUGGAGAAGGCAAAAAGGAUACAGACGAGAGCAUCAGAGAGUCCUCCUUGUCCAACUACACUGGGGGACCACACUUUUUUGAAUACCUCUUUGUGGUUUCUCUCAAAAAAAAAAAUUCAGGGAAUGAUUAUGAGCCCACAAUAACCUACCAGUUCCCAAAGCGAGAAAACCUGCUCCGGGGCCAGAAGGAAGAAGAAGAACGAUUGCAUGGCGCCAUUCCGUUAUUCUGUUUCCCUGAUGGCAACGAGUGGGCGCCACUCACUGAAUAUCCCAGGGAAACAUUUUCUUUUGUCCUGACCAACAUGGAUGGGACCAGGAAGAUUGGCUACUGCAGGCGACUUUUGCCCGCCGGCCGAGGCCCCCGGCUCCCGAGAGUGUACUGCAUCAUCAGCUGCAUUGGCUGCUUCGGCUUGUUCUCCAAGAUCCUGGAUGAGGUAGAAAAGCGGCACCAGAUCUCCAUGGCUGUGAUCUAUCCAUUCAUGCAAGGUCUUCGGGAGUCUGCCUUCCCUGCCCCAGGGAAGACAGUCACCCUCAAGAGCUUCAUUCCUGACUCGGGGACGGAGUUCAUUUCUCUGACACGACCCCUGGACUCCCGCUUGGAGCAUGUGGAUCUUCGAUCCCUAUUGGGAUGCCUGAGCCAUGAGCAGAUCCUACACAUCUUUGCCUCCGCUGUCCUAGAGAGAAGAAUCAUCUUCCUGGCUGAGGACCUCAGCACGCUGUCCCAGUGUAUCCACGCUGCUGCCGCCCUGCUCUAUCCCUUCAGCUGGGCUCACACCUACAUCCCGGUGGUCCCCGAGAGCCUCCUGGCCACCGUUUGCUCCCCUACUCCCUUCAUGGUUGGAGUUCAAAAGCGGUUUAUUCAAGAAGUUCUGGACAGCCCUAUGGAAGAGGUUCUGCUGGUGGAUCUGUGUGCAGGCACCUUCUUAAAGUCAGUAAGUCGGUCCCCCCCAAGCCCCACUAUCCCUCCCCUUUUAUUACUCCUGCCCUUCGUUUGGCCACUCAACAGACCUAGAUUGGGCAGGGACUCUACAUAA